AGGCGCUCGCCCGCCCGCCUGUGCUUAGUUUAUCACCAGCCAGCAAACCUCUCAGUUCCAAUCCGCUCAGUAGCCCCAGCUGCGAGCUCCACCACUUCCAGUGAGUCCAGGCGCCUUCUUAGCGUUACAGAAGUCAAGCAGCUAAACAAAAAAAGCGCCAUUUUCAAAACAAUUGGAUCCGAGUGAAGUUGUAAAGACAAGAACACAGAGUAAAAAAAAUCAGCCAAAAUGUCUGAUCGCAAAGCAGUGAUUAAAAAUGCCGACAUGAGCGAGGAGAUGCAGCAGGAUGCCGUCGAUUGUGCGACACAGGCCCUCGAGAAGUACAACAUUGAGAAGGACAUUGCGGCCUACAUCAAGAAGGAGUUCGACAAAAAAUACAAUCCCACAUGGCAUUGCAUUGUGGGCCGCAACUUUGGAUCGUAUGUCACCCACGAGACGCGCCACUUCAUCUAUUUCUAUUUGGGCCAGGUGGCCAUUUUAUUGUUUAAGAGCGGUUAAAGUAUUGUCGAGUCGGAUGAAGUGGUGGUGAGGAGGCUGAUGGAGAUGCAGCAGCAGCAGCAGCAGCAGCAGUCGCAUUUCGGGGCAUCAGAGGACGAGGAUCUAGAGCAGAAACAGCAACAACCACAUAACCAACAACAACAGCAAACAACACAGCACCAACAA